CCGGAAAAGCAGCCUGUACUACAAACAGCGGACUUCUUUUCGCUAGCUAGCGUUCCUAAAACAAAAUCUAAUUUGAAAUAGAACACAAUAUAUUCGGAUAGCUAUAUUUUGCCAAAGUUCUUAUAAUGUCCUUAGAGACUGUGCCAAAGGACCUUCGUCAUUUGCGGGCUUGCCUGCUAUGUUCUCUUGUCAAGACCAUUGACCAGUUCGAAUACGAUGGUUGUGACAAUUGUGAAGCAUACCUACAAAUGAAGGGUAAUAGGGAGAUGGUUUACGAGUGCACCAGUUCAUCCUUUGACGGUGUCAUUGCAAUGAUGAGUCCUGAGGACAGUUGGGUGGCAAAAUGGCAAAGAAUAGGAAACUUCAAGCCAGGUGUUUAUGCUGUAACGGUAACUGGACGAUUACCUCCAGGAGUGGUGCGGGAACUGAAGAGCAGAGGCGUCAUCUACAGGUCCAGAGACACAGCAGUCAAGACAUAAAAACGCUUAUACGGCAGUAUCUGGGCGCCAUGUCCCCACUACGGUCCUCAGCUGCAGUUGCGUAGCGUUCAGCUGUGGAUAUUGCUAUUUGUGUGACCCAGCUAGUCCAUUUUUAUUAUAUUCUGUUUCCAUAUUGAUCUGAGCCAGGUGGUGCUGUUCAGCCCAGGAUUACUUGGCUCAGAUACGAGAGAGAAUAGAAAAGGUCUAGCUGAAGGUCCUGGUUUAGAGUAAACUUUGUUGUACAUACUGCGGCUGUAAUGCUGUAACAUUUUUGUUUGAAGAAGAUUGGGUCUUGAUUAAUGUCUUACAGCAGUGAUUUCCAGCCCAGUCCUCAUGGGCUUUCAGACAGGCAACAUUUUUACUCUAACCCCGCACACAUGUACCAAGUAUUCAGUUUCCUGAUUGCUUGGUGGAUGUGUGCUGGGAUACACUGAAAACAUGGUAGCCUCUGGAGACUGGAGACUAGACAAUUGUUUUUGAUUCCUUCGUGUUUUUGGUCUUUCGCAAGGGUUGAUUGUUUGUUUGUGCUUGGGCUGUGGAGGGGUGAUGACAGAGAAUGUUGUCCAAUUCAGACUGAAUAAAAUGUUAAAAAGAAA